AAGAAAGUCAAACUUAUUCUUCUAACAUUUUCUAAGAAAAAACUUGAGUUGUAUUUAAUUUUAUAUUAUAUAUGUCUUUACCAAUAUGGCAACAUAUAUCCUUAUUGGUUUAUAUUUAUUUUUUAAUAUAUAAGUUAAACUUGAUGACUUCAAAUUCUGCUGCUGAAUGAUAGAAGAUAUGGGAUGUGAGACACCAACAAGAGACAUCAAAAUAUAAACCAGGUUAAACAGCUAUAGGAGGUGGAGCUUUGGAUCAUCAAGCUAAGGAAUUACUGAUUGAUGAAGAUAUGUUUUGGAUCAUCAAACACUUAGAGAAAGGCACAUCAUUAGAAGAAGCAUCAUCAUCUUAAAUGACGGUGAAUUAAUUAUACACAUUCCAUAAUACUGCUAAUAACUUGGUUUGAGGUGAUUGCACAAACAAAUUAAACAUGUCUAAAGAAUAUGCGGGUGAGAUUAUUAUUGAAGAAGAUGAGGAAACUUCUUCAUUGGGAUGUUGUUCCCAGAAAUGCUCUUCAUUUGAUUUGAAUGAAGAAGCAAGCAGUGAAGAAGAAGAAGAAGGAGGAGGUAAGAAUAAGAAGGAGGAGGAUGAGGCAGCAUGUGAAGAGGAGAUCAAUGCGAACGGAAGAUCAAACUCAAGAGAAGAUGAAAGAAAUAGUAACAACAAAAACAAUGAGAGAAGAGGUGGAGUUAGGCAAUAUGUUAGAUCCAAGAUGCCAAGGCUUCGAUGGACUCCUGAGCUUCAUCUCUCUUUUGUUCAUGCUGUUGAAAGACUUGGCGGUCAAGAGAGAGCAACACCCAAGUUGGUGCUUCAGUUGAUGAAUGUGAGAGGGCUCAGCAUUGCUCAUGUCAAGAGUCACUUGCAGAUGUAUCGUAGCAAGAAACUUGACGAGACCGGCCAAGUAUUAGGUCAAACAUACAGAUCGAGGCAAUUGCAUGAAGUAGUGGGACGUAGUAGAAAUCAUCAUGAGUUACUCAAUCCUCAUCAGCAUUUCAAGAUGGGAAACGGUGGCAUUAUUCUUGCAACCAAUUUCAACCAUCAUCAUCAUUUCCAAGGUUCUCUGAUGCACCAUCACCACCACCCCCACUUCUCCCUUUCAUCACGUUCACAUGCAAUCGCCACCGAUUCAGGGUAUAUAUUAUGCUCUAUAUAUAUACUAGCUAACAAUUAAGUUACAGUUAUCUUCGUCU